AUGCCAUGUUGUCGACUGUCGUGCGUGCAGGCGUUUGACCGUCUGUUCACCUUCCUGAACACGACCAAGGAGGUGCUGUUCGCCGACCGGCCCCGCAUACGCGCCAUCGUCUCGUACCACAUACUGCCCGUCGUGGUGACCACUGCUCAGCUGUUCAACGGCCAGGUGCUGCCCACUCUCAACCCCGACGCCAACAUCAGCGUCGCAAAAACACGUGCCGGCGCCAUCACCCUGUUCAACGCCGCCUGUCCAGCCUGCCCCAAAGCAAGGGUCAUCAAGGCAAACAUCCCAAACAUUGUGCCUGAUGCCGCCGCCAAGCGCGACUUCACCAUUAUCCACAUGAUAGACACUGUGCUGCUGCCGUCGCUGUGA